GUUAGAGGCCUUUUUUUAAGAAAACAAACAGUAAGAAAACGAAUAGAGAGCGCAAGUGUUAGAGGCUCAAGUCAACAAACAGAUCAAAUAGAAUUAGAAUAGUGAGGUGAAUGACGUCGAGGUGACCGUUCCAAGAUGGCGGACGCGUCGACGUGCUCGCCGCGGUCAUCUAUACAUAUCUAUGGCCACGACGACCGCCGUGCGUCUCCAAUGUCGUCAUCACGCAGCGAACGUGUCCCACGUGCAGAUGUUUACGUCCUCCUCUGUGUGACGUCAGUGCCCAGUGAGUCGUCGUCGGAUGAGAAACAUCGGCGAUGUUAAAGAUGCGGUUCAGCGCGCAAAACGCCUCGCGGCGGACGCGACGCGCGCGGGUGUGAACGCGCAGCGAUGCGCGCGCGCGUCGGGACACAGAAGCAGACGGGAAAUCGGUGUUAUUAACGGUUUUCGCUUGCGUCCGUUAGUCUGGCCUUUCUUUCUUCUGCUGAGCAGUCUCCGGAUCCAUGAUGGAGGACGCGCUGGAGUGCGGAUGGGUGUCGGUGCGCCCCAACGCCUUCGAGGAGAAAGACAAGCACAAGUUCGUCUUCAUCGUCGCCUGGAACGAGAUUGAGGGCAAGCUCGCCGUCACGUGCCACGACCGGACCGCGCAGCGGCGCGGCGGGAGCGCGGAGCCGGAGCUCGGUGACGCGCCGCCGGACUCCAGCUGGGCAGGCCUCUUCUCGUUCCAGGAGCUGCGCGCCGCUCACCUGCAGCUGUGCGCCGUCAACUCGGACCUGGAGCCGUGUCUGCCCGCCUUCCCCGAGGAGCAGACCGUGUGGUCGGUGCUGUUCGGCGCGCCGGAGCUGAACGCGCGCCACGCGGACGCGCUCUGCUUCCAGCUGCAGGUGUACCUGGGGCACGCGCUGGACACCUGCGGAUGGAGGAUCCUGUCCCAGGUGCUGUUCCCCGACUGCGACGACUCCGAGGAGUACUACGAGAGUCUGAGCGAGCUCCGGCAGAAGGGCUACGAGGACGCGCUCCAGAGAGCCAAGACACACCUGCAGCAGCUGCUGGAGAAGCAGCGCGGCGUGGAGCGGAUGGUGGAGCUGCUGCAGUUGUAUGCGGAGCAGGACGAGGCGUAUGGAGAUCUGGUGGAGGCCACGACCGAGCUCUACCACUAUCUGCUGCAGCCCUUCAGAGACAUGCGCGAGCUGGCCAUGCUGCGCAGACAGCAGAUCAAGAUCUCUCUGGAGACGGAGCGUCUGGGGCCGAGGCGGGUGGAGUCUCUGCGCAGGGAGGAUGAGGACUGGCAGAGGAAGGCUCACACCGCUGUGCUGUCCAUACAGGACCUGACCGUCAAAUACUUCGAGACCACGGCUCGCGCUCAGAAAGUGAUGUACGAGCGCAUGCGCACCGACCAGAGGAAGUUUGGGAAAGCCGCAUGGGGGGCGGCAGUGGAGCGCAUGGAGAAACUCCAGUACGCCGUUUCUAAAGAAACACUGCAGCUGAUGCGUGCCAAAGAGAUCUGCCUGGAACAGAGGAAACAUGGACUGAGAGAGGAGAUGCAGGGUCUGCAGGGGGGCGAGGACGCCAUGGUGCGUCUGGACCAGCUGGAGGCCAUGUACUACGAGCUCCAGCUGCAGCUCUACGAGAUCCAGUUCGAGAUCCUGAAGUACGAGGAGCUGCUGCUGACGGCGCAGCUGCAGAGUCUGCGCAGACAGAUGAGCGAGAGGCAGGAGGAGGUGGUUUACUAUGACACCUACGAGAGUCCUGACGCCAUGAAGUCCACCGAUGACCCCUCGACCCCUCUGAGCCCCCCUAGAGACGACAUGGCCAAACUCCAGCAGAGAACCAGACAGCUGGAGGCCCGCAGGGGACGCAUCACCGCCAAGAAAGCCUACCUCAAACACAAGAAGGAAAUCUGCAUCAUCAACCACACACAGAAGCUGCAGCAGCGGCAGGACAGUCCGGACGGCGUUUCCCACCAAGCUUUGCUGCAGGAUGAAGAAGAGGAAGAGGAGCAGCGGCUGUCCAGAGUCAGUCAGGAGAGACAGAGGACACUGGACCGACUGCGCAGCUUCAGACAGCGCUACCCGGGUCAGGUGACUCUGAAGUCCACUCGUCUGCGUCUGGCGUACUCCAGGAAGAGAGCGACACAGGCGCAGAUGCAGGCGGCCAGCGUGCAGACGGACAACGCUCCGGACCUGGCUGCGCUGGAGCGUUCGGCGGGAGUACCAGAGCUGCGCCGGCCCGAGAGCUUCCUGUCGCUGCCUCCGAUGGGCGGAGCCGUGGCCGAAGCCCCGCCCCCUGACGCGCACGCAUCACUUCCUCUGGCCAGAGAGCUGCUGCUGCUGGACUCAUCCACCUCGCCCAUCGCCCCUCCUCUUCCUCCUCCUCCUCCUCCUCCUCCUCCACCUCCUCCACCCUCUCUGGAGGAGACGCCCGCGGACGCCAGCCCCGUCCGCUCUCCCCUCGGACCCUUCACCGCACGCUUCUUCGACAGCAGCCAGCUGCUCAACGCCAGGAAGAAGCUGAGGAAGACGGCCUCGCUCGAGUCCAACCAGUGGAGCAGAGCGAGCUCGCCGAUGGACGAGGUUCUGGCCAGUCUGAAGCGCGGAAGCUUCCACCUGCGGAAGGCCGAGCUGCGCGUUCUGGCGCCCGAUCCGGACGAGGACGACGGAAACAACAUCCUGGCUCAGAUCCGUAAGGGAGUGCAGCUGCGCAAGGUGCGCAGACAGGAGCGCAGCUGCAGAGGAGUGACUGCGUCCGACCCGCUGACCCGCAGCAUCCACGAGGCCCUGCGCCGCAUCAAAGAAGCCUCGCCUGAGUCCGAGUCCGAGGACGAGGCGCCGUCCUGCGCCGACUGGGAGAGCUGAAGCGUGUGUUUACCUCACAGCAGAUCACUGAAACACAGGCCGCGCUCGUCCAAUCAGCCCUAAGUGUUUAUUCCACUUACUACUCAUUCAUUUACUUUAUUCUAUUCUUUUUGUCUUUACGUAUGAAAGCAGGAGGCGAUACGAGAUGUGUUUCCAUUCAUGUUCUCCUGCUCUCACGAUCUGAUCCAUCGACCAAACCAACCAGCUCUGAAAUCAGUCACCACUGAUGUCAAAAAACAUUCUUAUUAAAUGAAAAAAACACUGAAAUAAAAUAUAUAUGUGACCCUGCAGCACAGAAGCAGUCAUAAGCAGCACAGCUAUAUUUGUAGCAAUAGCCAACAAUACAUUGUAUGAGUCAAAAUUAUACAUUUCUCUUUUAUGCCAAAAAUCAUUAGGAUAUUAAGUAAAGAUCAUGUUCCAUGAAGAUAUUUUGUAAAGUUCCUACCGUAAAUAUAUCAAAACUUCAUUUUUGAUUAUUAAUAUGCAUUGCUAAGAACUUCAUUUGAACAACUUUAAAGGUGAUUUUCUCAAUAUUUAGAUUUUUUUGCACCCUCAGAUUCCAGAUUUUCUAAUAUUGUCCGAUCCUAACAAACCAUACAUCAAUGCAAAGAUUAUUUAUUGAUGUAUCAUUUUUAAAAAAUUGACCUUUAUGACUGGUUUUGUGCUCCAGGGUCACAAAUAUUACAUAAAAAAAAGCUUAAACUAAAUGAAAAUAAUGCUUGUUGCCUUGGCAAUGAAAUAAGUUUAAAGCAAUAUUAUCAAGCAGAAAUAAAUAAGCCUAAACAAAUUAAAUCUAAGUAGUAAUGUUAAAAGAACAAAAUUUAAUAAAGAUAAAAAGUUAAGCUAAAAAAAUACUAUAAAAUUAAAAAUACAUAUAUACAUACACUUAUACACACAGGGAUGUGAUGAUAUUAUCAAUAUCGUGAUAUUGCGAUCGAUAUGAUCGUGGUCACGUGACGAUACGAAGCGAUAGGUCUUCCGAGCCAAACGUGCAGUUUUUCAAAUAUAUUGAAACUUCUUCUUCUCAUAUAGAAGGUGUUUAAAGUUGUGUUUUGGCCCAGAAUCUGAAAGCACAAUAUAAUGCCUUCAGCUUCAGACGAUCAGCUGGCGAUCCGCUGUUUUCUGCUUUAUUUCAGCGUUUCACUAGAUUUUUGUAAGCUUCGAGUUUUCCUUCAAAAUAAAAGCUUAAAGUGCAGAAUAUGAAUUACUGACAGCGAGCGGUUUAAAUGCAGUCCAGACUCAAAAUAUCUCUCUCAAGUGUAGAAAUCAUUGUGAUUUCUCUACUGUAGUGUAAAGCAGAAAUACACCUAUGAAAUAUUCAUUUAUUUAUUUUACAGAGCAAUUGUUUUACAACAUAUGGCUACUUCUGUCAUUGUUAUUAUAUUCUAAUUAGCUUGUCUUCCUGAAACAGCAGUGUGAAUGUAAUUUAGACUGAGACAGUAUUCCACAAAUAAAGAGGCUUGACUUUAACUUUAAAAAAAUUUCCCAAUUGUUUAUUUGCCUUUUUUUUUUUUAAAUAUCGCUAUAAAUAUUGUAUCGUGGACUUCAUAUCGCGAUAUUAUCGUAUCGUUACAUCCCUAAAACACACAAAUAUAUAGACAUAAGAUUCUUUUGCUGACGUUCUAAUUACAAUUUAAAUUGUUAAAAAUACCCAGGUUUAUUACUUACAAAUGUAUUAAUGUUUUAAAAUGUUUUUCUCAGUUGUACGAACAUUAAGUCAACAUUCCAUUUGAUCAUUUUGCAAACUUUACAGGAACGUUACGUUUAAUGUUCUCUGAAAGCGUAACAUUCCUUGAACGACGUAUAAAUAAUGUUUUGAGACCAGAACUGAAGAAACAUCCUAAUAACAUUACUAGAAGAACAUCGCCAGAACGUUAGAAUAACGUUAAAAUAACACAGAAUGGCUUGGGCACACGUCCCAUGAUGCAUUAGCAGAGACAAUCAUUGAAGUCAGGUUUGGUGUUUGCACAGAAGCAGGUUUCAGGAGCUCAUGGUUUGAUCUGAAGGAACUCGUGAGUCGUUUGAUUUAUUGUGUUUGUGUCUGUGACUCUGUGGACGUCCGGCACUGGACCAUCGACAGGCCGCGUUUACCCAUGAUGCCGUGCGGCACGCGUCUGUAGCGAUGACGCGACACUGCGGUGGAAUCUGACAUGUUUUCAUCACGUGUACUGUAUUUAGCUUUUGAUAUUAUUUGUUUGAAUCAUAUUCAUUGUUCUGUUUGUUCUAUGCAUUUUUACGUCGUCAAUCAAACCCGAUUCCCGUCGAAACACUACAGCGAGACGUGACGCUCACUCCACACGUGCAAUAUUAUAUUAGAAACUGAAAACAGACCUUCUGAUGUAUAAUAAAGCGCAGAUCCAUCGCAUGUUUGCCUACAGGACACCUGUAUUUAUUGAGUUCAACUAAAUAUUUAAAUAUGUAAAGCAAUAUCAUGAAAUGUACAAUGAUUUUUUGAAUCUCCAGUUUGCUUUUACUCUGCUUUUCCAAACAUUGUACUCCUCUAAUAGUUAUUUUGAAUUUGCAUUUUGCCCCUUACGUAAAUAAAGUUUGAAAAGAAACCCC